AGGGUACCCCUGCGUCCUUGCUUCUGCGGCCCGUCCUUUGCCGUUUCCAUUGGGGUUUUGGUCGCCCGCCGCCCAACAUAUCCCGAUUUCUGCCUUCCGUAGCCAUUUUGGCUCAAGCCAUUUUGGCUCAAACCGUUUCAGAGUACGCAGCACCUCCUGUGGUCGGCAACCUGCACCUUCCUGCCGGUCUUGAGCAGCGGCUAUGAUUGCCGCAGUUGCCAUCGCGCUCGCGGGGUCGCUGCCGACAGCGUACGCUCAGCCCGGGUGCGGCGCAUGGGAGUUCCAUUUGGCGGGGAUCCCGAUCGAUAAGUCGGAGUACCCCACCGCGUGCAAGGCCAACCCGUUCUGCCCCCAAAACGACGGCGACUGCUGCCCGACCCCUGGGAAGGACGGCCUGAUGCUGGACUGUUGCAACCUGUACGCGUGCGAGGGCUUGCUGCACAAUGCAAGGCGGAGAACAAGACUGGGAACGUCUGCCCGAACAAAAAAGGGGUCUACGACCCGUGCUGCAGCGGCAUGGCCUUUGCCGCCAACAACCCGACAUGCGUGAAGGCCGGGAAGAGUGGCAUGAUCUGCCCCGACAAGGACGGCGAAUACGACGACUGUUGCAAGCCGCAGUGCAGCUACAAAGGGCAGUGCCCCGGCUUGGCUGGCUUCUGCUGUCCCACGGCGGCGGGCGUCAUGCUCGGGUGCUGCGGGGCGUCGGUCGCGGAGGCGGAGCUCUCUGCCGCGAUGCAGUCCACAGAGGUCGACGUGCCCGCCUCUCCCACGAGCGUGCUCGCGGCGCUCGUGGCGAUGGGCUGCUUCGUCGCCGUGGGGGCAGUGGCCAUCGGGAGGGCCACCCGCCGCCCGGCGUCGACGAAUCUCUCGCCGCCGCUGCUGGCGUGAGGGCCCAGAGGGCACGGGUCUGCCAGUCGGCUUCGCGGGGCUGCGCCCAGCACAGCAUUUGGGCACCCAUGUUUGAAAGCAGCGCCUGCAUCGAUUGCAUACUUUUUUGCGCAAGUUGCCCUUCCCCUUGCGAAAAGAAAAAACAUAUCCCGAUUUCUGCCUCCAAGGGUCUUGCGUCCUUACCGCCCG